AUGCAGCCGCGCGGUGGCGGCGACCGGGCGGCCGUGAGGAAGGGGCCGUGGACGGCGGAGGAGGACGAGGUGCUGCACCAGCACGUCCGCGAGCACGGCCCCCGCGAGUGGAGCUCCAUUCGAUCCAAAGGCCUCCUCCCCCGCACCGGCAAGUCCUGCCGCCUCCGCUGGGUCAACAAGCUCCGCCCCGACCUCAAGACGGGGUGCAAGUUCUCGUCGGAGGAGGAGCGGGUGGUGAUCGACCUGCAGGCGCAGUUCGGGAACAAGUGGGCGAGGAUCGCGACGUACCUGCCCGGCAGGACGGACAACGACGUCAAAAACUUCUGGAGCACGCGGCAGAAGCGCCUCGCCAGGAUCCUCAGGGCGCCGCUGCCCCGCAGGAGGCCAGCCGCCGCCAAGCACGGCGGCGGCGGCGGCGUAGGCGCCACCUCAUCUUCUGCGGCGACGAACUCUCAUGAGGCGGCGGCUGCACGCGCUUCAGAGGUGACUCUCUUCUCUUGCUUGCUUUCUCUGAAGGAAAAGUGA